UCUCGCGGUACUGCAAAGCGAAGAUGGCGGCCGAACUGGUGGAAGCGAUGAACAUGGUGAAAAGUUUCCGGGUCUCAGACCUACAGACGCUGCUGGCCUCAAUGGGUCGCAGCAAAAGUGGUCUGAAGCAGGACCUUGUGGGUCGUGCACUAAGACUAGUGCAAACAGAGUACAGUCCAGAACUCUUGAAGAAUGUCCGGCAGCUUUACGAGUCUCGUUUCCCUAAAUCAGCCGCUUGGCUGCCAGCACGACGUCCGGAAGGCGUCCCAGUGGCAUAUUCAUCCCUCAGCUCCUCUCCAUCAUUGACCUCACAGGGCCCAGACUACCUCAACGGGAUUUCCAAACCGCUCCAUCCGCCUGCAGCAGAGGUCCGGCUGGUCCCUCUGCCCUUCUACCAAACCUUAGAGACGCUUCUGCCACCAACAGAGCUAAUUGCCCACAACAGUGAAAAAUUACAGGACAGUCAGUGCAUCUUUGAAUUAACACCACUGCAAGCAGACCAGAUUCGAAAUGCAAGUGAGCUUCGCCCAGGGAUCCGAUCAGUCCAGGUGGUUCUCAGAAUCUGUUACUCAGACCUUAUUGGCGUUCAGGAGGACCAGUAUCCCCCCAACAUUGCUGUCAAAGUCAAUCAGUCCUACUGUCAUGUACCGGGUUAUUACCCCUCAAAUAAGCCUGGAGUUGAACCUCGUCGUCCUUGUCGUCCUAUUAAUAUCACACCCUGGUUGCAUCUCUCAAGCGUCCCUAACAGAGUCACCAUCACCUGGGGGAACUUUGGCAAGCGUUACUCUGUGGCGGUGUAUUUGGUGCGGGUCUUCACAGCAGCAGACCUCUUCAACCGGCUCAAGCUCUGCUCAGUUGAGAGCGCAGAACGCUGUCGAGAACGCAUUCAAGAUAAGCUUCGCUUUGAUCCAGAAAGUGAAAUUGCAACCACAGGCCUCAGAGUUUCUUUAAUCUGUCCACUGGUGAAGAUGCGGCUCGGGGUGCCGUGCCGAGUUUUAACCUGCGCCCAUCUUCAGUGUUUCGACGCAGUUUUCUUCCUGCAGAUGAAUGAGAAGAAGCCCACAUGGACUUGCCCUGUGUGUGAUAAGCCUGCUCCUUUUGAACUGCUUACGAUCGACGGGUUAUUAUCUGAGAUUCUCAAAGAGACGAGUGAAGAAAUAGAGGAGAUCGAGUACCUAACAGACGGCUCCUGGCGACCAAUCAGAGACGACAAGGAAAAAGACAGAGAAAGAGAACGAAGCAACACACCGGAGUACCCGGUUGUUGAUAUGUGCAUUCCUGAAGCAAACGGACAUUCACCUGCGCAUAGCAGCACCAGUCAGUCGGGUAGGUCUGGAAGCGGCUCUGUGGGGAUGCCUGGAGCCACAGGAGGUUCUGCAGCAGCGCCGGCAGCUGGAGGAGUAGUGGUAGAUCUGACUCUGGACUCCUCCUCUGAGGAGGAAGGUGGCGAGGCUGGAGGGGACAGUGAUGACACAGAGGACAGCGCUGAUAGUCCAGCCCCGAAAAGGGGCCGAUACAACUACGACAAGGACCUGGUCACUGCAUACUGACCCUGCAGCUCUGUCCCUCCUCACAGACUGACAUGCUGAGGCAGAGAGGCAGGAGGCGGGGCUUAAAAUUUGAGGACAGGAACACAGUCACCCUCUAGAUGCCACAACUGUCUGGUCCUCGAGCAUCAGAGCAUUUUAGCAGCUCUAGUUUGAUUUCAAACAAAAUAAACACACACUCAAACAUGUUCUGUCAUGACUCUUGAGCUUAGAGUGAGAGGGGUCCUCUUUAUCUGCACAUCUGUGGAAGCAGCUCUGUUUGCACAGUCACCACCUUGCAGAGAGACUCUGUACCGUCCUGCCUCCACUAGAACCACUGACCGGAUCGAGCAUCCCCCCCUGCUCCACCUCAGCCUUUUUCCCCUUCUCAGAUUCCUCCCCAUCCCUUUGUAUAAACCCCAAAUGACCGGCUCUUUUAGCCAUGGACUGAUACUCACUCUUUGCAUCUGGGUUUUGUCACAUUGUUUAGGAGCUUGCAAAAUAACCGGCUUCUUGGUAGCUUUUUGAUGAAGGGUUAAAAAAAAAAAAAGAAACUUAAGGCAUGAAAUUUUUAGAGGACAACAAUAUUUUGGGAAUCUAUAACAAUGAUUUAAAAUUUGAGUUAUCAUUCUUAGAAAUUCAUCUUUAUGGUCACCAUGGCGUCUGCUUUCAGUUUUUACUUGGUCCUAAAGAGAACCUACCUCAGUCAUUAAACGCUUUGCAGACUGGCCAGGGAGUUGGUUUGAAACAAGUGGACAGACAACAGUUUCUAAAUCCAAUUUUACACUGGACAUUUUUUUUUCUGGCCUUUUUUUUUAUAUAUAUAAACACUUUUCUAUCCUUUUGUUCCAACCAGCCAUUUUCUCUUCACAGCAACAAUAAAACCCAUUUGAACGGUAGUCGGUGUGAGUAUUACCAGGCCAGUGGUGGCGAUGAGGGAAGCAGAGAGUUGAGAGUUAAAAAUAUUCAGAAAAAACAAAUGGAAAUUUAGGAGUCCCACAAACAUGUUAUACAUCAAUGUGACUGUACUGGUAUGGUUCUAAAGCAGAAGCGGUUGUUGGCAGGAGCUGGUUAUGGAGGUUUGGUGCCUUUUUUAUUUAAUUUUUUUUUUUUUUU